ACAUCCACCGUGACAAAUGCGCAUUUUCAUUUACACAGAUUGGACAAUUAAUUUUUGCGAGCAUAUUAAUACGCUUAUUGUGGUAGAAAACAAGUACGAUCGACACUCGCUCCACAACCAAUUCGAACGGAAGAAACCCUCAUUCACACAAGCGAAUAGUAAGUUAUGCGUGGAACGGUUAUCAUUUUUUGUUUUAUAGCCAUUAUCCUAGUCCAAUGGGUAAGUGAUGAAUAUUAUUCUCAACACUAUUUAUGUUUUUACUACUAAACGAUGAACUUCCUCCAGGUUAGCGGAAAAGGUGGUGGAGGGGGUGGAGGAGGUGGCCACGGUGGAGGACACGGAGGUGGUCAUGGUGGUGGUGGAAGAGGCGGAGGAACUCGAGGCAGUACAGGUGGUGGACGCGUUUCCGGAACAGGCAAAGGUGCAGGAGCAGGAGGAAAAUCAGGUGGAAGUGGUGUUAUAGGUGCCAUAGUAGGCGGCGCAGUUGGUGCAGCUGCAGGAGCCGCCAUAGCAUCAUCUUCGUAUCAUUACAACCCCACAUACUACGGCUACUACCACUUUUAUCACGGUUACCAUUCUCACGAAGAUUAUGGACCACCUGAGCCUCAACUACCGGCUGCCACUGCGCAAGAUAAAGCUGAUGCGGCGAAUAUCGUAAAUGCUCAAUUCAGCGAGAAAGUCAUAGCUUCCAUACUUCCAUUCCGAGAGCAACUCAAUCGUCAAGUGAUAAAUAGCGAAAUCGCUAAUUAUAAUAAGGGGAAACGUCUCAUACAUCCAAUGUUUAAACCGAAUCAUGAAAAGAAUCCAGUAUUCAAAGAUCUAUGCUUCGGUUUGGUCAACGAUCCAAUCACUGUACUGACAAUGUACUUGGGAGAAUUUCUUCACAAAAGAGAUGAAACUUUCAUCAUCAUCGUUUUAACAUUGUGUCAAGAAAUGAGUGCGAUGCACUUUAUUUACAAUCACAGGCAUAAAAACGGGUUGACUACACGACGUAAAAAGCAGCGACAUCCGUUCUCUAAUUUAAUGAGAGUUUGGGUAGCGAAUGAUCGAGAUCCUGAAGAUACUGCUUUCACAACUGAUGAUGUAAAAAAUAAAGCAGAAAGUUUGGAAAAAGAAUAUCCGCAUUGGAAAGAAGCUCGAGAUGAACUAGAAAGCACACUGAUCAGAAGGAGUCUGAAAUUUGGAUUAGCUGUUAUAGGAAAAUUCAAAGCUGAUCUAAACAUAAGCAUCGAAGACGCCAUCAAACAAAAAAUCAAAAAUCACGAUUUAGUCGAUGCGUACACUUCAUUGGCACAAUAUGUGAACGAUAGAUACAACUAUAUGGCUACAAUCAUGCUCAAACAUUCAGAUGGUACUGAUCGUUGGGCUGUUUGGAUCAUGAUGAUGGCAAUCACUACUCGCGAUGACUGGCUCAAGAUCGACGAUGCAUUCAAAAAAAUCAACAAUGGCAUAUCACUGAAGGAUCAUAUUUUGAAAACCACCGAAGCUGACCGAAUACCUUUUGAAAUGAUGGCUGUAAUGAUAGAUCCAAAAUAUAAACCAUCCUACCUCUGAAUAUUUUUAAAUAAUGAUCAAAAAAGUCAAAAAUUAUAGCAUAAGUACCUACUCUAACUGUAAGCAACAUUUUUUGCAAGAAAUAACGCAAACAAACAAACAUCCAAAUGCCAAGGUAUGAAAGUUCGAGUUAGUAAAAGUGACUGAAUUUCAUCAUGAAAAAAAUCACUUCGGUAAUACUAUCAAAGAUUCAUAAUUAAUUUAAAAUAAUGGUACCUACAACCAGAACAUGAAAUGCUGUAUAAAUGUCAUAAUAAUUGUUUGAAAUUGAAUAUUAAAAACGUAUAGUUUGCAAUGUUUCAGUAUCAUCCACCCCACGUAUACCUACCUAUUAAUCGAAUAACCAUUCCCAUACGUAUAAAAUAUACAAUAACUCUUA